AAUGCCGCGUGAAUUGAUAAAUAUUUCUGCUGGUCAAGCAGGUAACCAAGUUAGCAAAAAUUUCUGGGAAACACUCUUGAUUGAACAUGGCCUCACAAAUGAUGGCUACGUCAAACCAGAUACGUCCGAUAUGCAGCUCGAGAGACUGAAUGUAUACUUCAACGAGAUAAACUAUCAAGACAAGGCUCGUUACGUUCCUAGGAGCAUCAAUGUCGAUUUAGAACCAAACACUAUGGAGGUACUCAGACAAUCAAAGAUUGGAUCAUUGUUCUCACCAUCAAGCUUCAUAAAUGGACAAUCGGGCGCUGGUAAUAACUUCGGUAAAGGUUACUACACUGAGGGUGCUGAAUUGGUCGAUACGAUUCUCGAUAGUGCCCGUCGUGAAGCCGAGCAAGUCGAUUCUUUACAAGGUUUCCAGCUUAACCACUCUCUCGGUGGUGGUACAGGUUCUGGUUUAGGUACACUCCUUAUGAGCAAGCUUCGCGAAGAAUUCCCAGAUCGUAUGAUGGCAACUUUCUCUAUCAUUCCAUCACCAAAGGUUUCUGACACGGUUGUUGAACCAUACAACGCGGUAUUAGCUACGAACCAGCUUAUCGAGAACUCUGACUUGACUUUCAUGCUUGACAAUGAAGCAUUGUACAGAAUCUGCCAAAACACAUUGAAAUCAGAGUCACCAAAUUAUGACAGUCUUAACUCUCUAAUUUCUAGAGCCAUGGCCGGUGUCUCAACUUCAUUGAGAUUCCCAUCACAGUUAAACUCCGACUUAAGAAAGUUGGCAGUAAACAUGAUACCAUUCCCAAGAUUACACUUCUUGUGUACCUCUGUUGCACCACUCACAAGCUUACAAAAUAGAUCAUACCAAUCUACGAACGUACAGGACUUGACAGCUAGCUUAUUUAAUAACGCAAACAAGCUCGCUCAAUUGCCUAAAUAUGGUAGAUAUAUGACUGCAGCUGCGCUCUACCAAGGUCCAAUGGGAAUGCGCGAUAUUGAAGACUCGAUUAUGGGAUAUCAAAGCAAGAACAGUGAUGAGUUUGUUGAGUGGAUUCCACACAAUGUUCUCACAUCUCACACGUCUGUCUCACCAAUUGAUUCAAAGACUGGAGGUACAUUUAUCGCUAACACUACGGCUGUCCAAGAGCUCUUUAACAGAAACGCUAGCAUGUUCAGUGCUAUGUUAAAGAGAAGAGCCUACUUGCACUGGUACACGGGUGAAGGAAUGGAUGAAAUGGAAUUCACAGAAGCUGAAUCCAACUUGAUGGACUUGAUCGCAGAAUACCAACAAUACGAAAACGCUGGCGCUGAUGAAGAAGAAUACGGAGAGGAGGAAUAUUAUGAAGAGGAAGCCGUUGAAAUGUAGAAAAUGAUCAUUUUUUUUGUAAUUAAAGCCUUUUUAUUUUCAC